AUUUUCGUAAUGAUUGUGCUUGCUAUAUAGUUUUUAUUCCAAUUUAUUAGCAGUUUGACGUAUUUCUUGCUCACCACCUAAGUAAAUCUGUAGUUAGCGUAAUAUGGUAUUUUUAACAAUACAAAGUCAAACAAGUAAAACUUACAAUUUUUCUAGUCGAAAAUAGAUCACAGAUUGAGUUUUCAUGAAAAUAAGUCGAAAAACUCAUUAUAUAUUGUUCACCUUGAUUAUGGUGACGGUGAACAUAGAUGUCAUGAAAUCCAACCAACCCACGGCAAUUGAAAUACGGAAUGACCGCCUCUAGUCAAGCCGUUCAAGGUCGUUGAAACGAAAGGUCGGGCACAUUCGAAAGGAUCUAACGUUUAAACCGUGCCGUGUUGACUGUUAGUUGUUUUAGUUUUAGUCUGAUGUCCUAUAAGCGUGUGCUGUUGUACGGCGGUCGUGGGUGUUUGGGAUCUGUUUGCGUCAAACAUUUUAAAAAUAAAGGUUACUGGGUUUGCUCUGUCGAUUUCCAAGAGAAUUCUGAUGCUGAUGAAAAUAUUGUUAUUGAAGUUUCGGAGAGUAGUUCUACCCAAGAAAGAGUGGUGAAGAAUGGUUUAGAUACGUUUCUAAGCGGUCGAAAAGUUGAUGGAAUAUUCUGUGUUGCAGGUGGAUGGGUCGGUGGGAGUGCUGCUAGCCAUGACUUUUUGGAGAACUGUGAUGCAAUGUGGAAAAAGUGUGUUUGGUCCUCGUCUAUUGCUGCCGCGUUGGCGUCAAAGUAUCUUUUAGCCAGUGGCCUACUAGUCCUUACCGGCGCACAUGCUGCUUUACAAGCCACUCCAACUAUGUUGGGCUAUGGCAUGGCUAAGGCUGCAGUACAUCAGCUUACAAAAAGUUUGGCAGGUCAAAACAGUGGGCUUCCGAAUGGUUCUUGUGUGCUUGCUAUCUCGCCAGCAACUUUAGACACUCCAAUGAACAGAAAGUGGAUGCCUAAUGCCAACCAUUCGUCUUGGACUCCUACAGAAAAAGUCGCAGAAUUAUUUGCUACAUGGUUGGAAGAAGCUAACAGUCGUCCUAAAUCUGGAAGUAUCAUUCAGUUAAUCACACAAAAUGGUAUAACAGAAUGCGUCCCAGUUUAAUUCGAAUAUAAGGAUCUCUUACGUCAAUUUCUAAAAGUCAUAAUUCUAACUACUAAUUCCACCGUUUAAUCUACCAAGUGUUCGAAAAUCCUUAUUUGGUUUCCUUUGCCUCAAUGGAAUUACCUUGCACCAAUACUAAAUACAUUAUUAUUAUUGAUUACGGUUUAACUUUUUCUUGGCUGAACAUGAUUCAUCAAUUUCAUAUUUAAUUAUCAAUGUACAAUCAUCUAUUUCACGAAAAAACAAAGUGAAACUGUUAAAUAGAUUUUAAAUGUAUUUCGGGACAUUUCUGGAGAAAAAUAAUUUUAUUGUAUGGUGUUUCGUUUAUUGCUCAUGUUUACGUACUUAGGCGUGUUAGGACGCCGACCAGGAUUAUCCAACCAAUUUUGCCUUGUCCUCUCCUUUCCAGUUAUUUCUAAUCUUUAUUCAUUCUGUUGAUGCCUGCCUCCAAUUUCCGAUCGAAGAGCUAGGUCAUCUGCGAUGUCCAAAUCGGCU